AUGGAGUCGAAGUUGAGGAUGAAAUGGUUAUCACUAACAUUAUUAUUCUUAUUAUUAUUGAUUGUUGUGAGUGAUUUGCAGGUUUGUAACGGGUGUGUAGAGGAAGAAAGAUUGAGUUUGUUACAAAUCAAGUCCAUGUUUUUCUCCUAUAAUCUCACUAAAUUCUCCGGGUGGAUCGAUAAUAAUCCAUUUUCUUCGUGGAUUGGAACUAAUUGCUGCACUUGGGAUAGAGUUAAAUGUGACAAUUUUGGCAGCCAUGUGGUCGACCUUUUGCUUGACAAGUUGUUGGAUGAUGAAUAUCAUUCAUGACAAAGUUAUUUUUUGCUCAAUCUUUCUCUAUUCCAAAAUUUUAAAGAAUUGAAACUUCUUGACCUAACUUAUAAUAGAUUUAUUGAUUUUACUGACGACAAAGGUUUCAACAAAUUUUCAAGUUUCAACAAAUUAAAGAUUUUAAAACUUUCUGGAAACUAUUUUGGAAGUAAAAUCUUUUCAUCUUUGAGUGGUCUUACAUCGUUGAAGAAGUUGGCACUUGAUCAAAAUAGAUUGAAUGAGUCGUCUAUCGCUUUACUUGGUUUGGAAAACUUGAUAAAAUUAGAUCUAAACUCCAAUAAAUUGAGCGACACACUACAAAUGCAAGGGUUGGAAAACUUGAGAGAAUUAGAUCUAAGUCUCAAUGAAUUGAACGAACUAGGUGGAUUAUCAAGUUUGAAAAGAUGAGAGAUUCUAAAUCUCGGAAACAAUUAUCUCAUUAAUAGUAUUUAUACAUCAUUGAGAGGCCAUAUACCAUUAAAGAGUUUGAAUCUCAAUGAUAAUGAUGAUCUAAGAGGCAUUAUUCCUAAGCAAAAUAUUGCAAAAUUAAGAAGUUUAGAAAUCUUGGAUCUUUCAUCUAAUAAUUAUCAUGAUGGAGUAAUACCCUUACAAGAAUUGAAGAAAUUAAGAGUAUUGGAUCUAUCAUAUAACGAUUUCAAUGGCUCGCUACCUAUCGUAGGAUUUUGCGAAUCAAACAGUCUUGUUGAGUUGAAAAUUAGACACAAUCAGAUUAGAGGGGAAUUUCCAGAAUGUGUUGGGAACUUCACUGGUCUUAAACGUCUUGAUAUCUCAUAUAACCAAUUAACUGGAAAAAUUCCAGGCACACCCAUAUCCAAACUCACAUCGAUUGAGUAUUUAUCCCUUCAUGAAAAUUACUUUGAAGGCACUUUCUCAUUCUCCUCCUUGACUAACCACUCUAAGCUUCGACGUUUCGCGCUUUCAGGAAGAAGUAAUGUCGGAAACAUUCAAAUGGAAACCGAAGAAUUACCUAAAUUUCAGUUGGAAGUCCUUUCACUGUCUAGUUGUAACCUCAAUAGUCAAACUACAUUAAAAUUCCCAAGUUUCUUACUCUCACAGCAUAAGUUGCAAUACCUUAAUCUUGCUCAUAACCACUUGGUUGGACCUUUUCCUUUCUGGUUGUUACAGAAUAACUCUGAAUUGGACUGUUUGAUUUUGAAUAACAACUCACUUACCGGACAUCUUCAACUCUUCACUUGGAACCACAAUUUAUCAUUUUUGGACAUUUCAAAUAAUCUUUUUAGUGGUCAAUUGCCAACCCACUUGGGUCUCCUUCUACCAAAAGUUUUGCUCUUCAAUAUUUCAAGAAAUAGUUUUGAAGGUAAUUUUCCUCCAUCUAUGAAACAAAUGAAGAUGCUAACUCGGUUGGAUGUGUCAAACAACAAAUUUUCUGGAGAUUUGCAAAUUUCAAUGUUCAACAACAUGCCUUCACUACAAUUUUUGCUUCUAGCAAACAACAACUUUAGUGGAAGCAUUGAGGAUGGAUUGAAUGACACACAAUCAUUGGCUGCAUUGGACAUAUCCAACAAUAUGCUAUCUGGCAAAAUUCCUAGUUGGAUUGGUAAUUUAGAAGACCUUGAAUAUGUCCAAAUGUCAAGAAACAGUUUUGUAGGUGAACUUCCAGUACAAAUUUGCUCCCUUUCUAGACUUAUAAUAUUGGAUGCAUCUCAAAAUCAUCUAGUUGGUGAAGUACCCUCCACCUGCUUCAACUCUUCAUCAUUGGUUUACUUAUACAUGCAAAAGAAUUGGUUCUCAGGACCUAUACCACAAGAAUUAAUAUUGCCCGCUGCCUCAAAGUUAAAAAUUCUCUAUCUAAGCUACAACAACAUUUCAGGACAUAUUCCUAAAUGGCUCAACAAAUUUACAAGUUUGCAGGUUCUUUUGUUGAAAGAGAAUGAGUUUGAGGGUCCAAUUCCAACACAAUUAUGUCAAAAUAGAGAAAUAAAUAUUAUGGAUCUUUCCAGCAAUAACCUCAAUGGAACAAUACCUUCAUGCUUCAAUAAUAUAACAUUUGGGGACAUAAAAGUUAAUCAAACAAAACAAGAGCAAAUUAGAGAUUAUGACACAACUUUUGGAUAUGCAAUCAUUGUAAACUCCCCAUAUGGUAUACAGUUUGAUAUAUAUUUUCCUAAAAUACAAAUGGAAGUAGAUUUUACUACAAAACAUAGGUCUGAGAGUUACAAAGGAAAUGUUCUAAAACAUAUGUCUGGACUUGAUUUAUCAAGUAACCAACUAACAGGUGAUAUUCCCCGACAGCUUGGAGACUUACAUAUUCAUGCCUUGAAUUUCUCCUACAACAAGUUGGUAGGACCUAUACCAAAAGUAUUCUCCAACCUCAAACAAUUGGAAAGCUUGGAUCUUUCUAAUAACUUAUUGAGUGGAAAUAUUCCUUCUGAACUUACUAUACUCAAUUUUCUUUCUAUCUUCAAUGUGGCAUACAAUAAUCUAUCAGGUAUGAUCCCAACAACAUUACAGUUCACAUAUUCUAAUAGCAGUUUCUAUGGUAAUCCUUAUCUUUGUGGAUCAUAUAUUGAACACAAAUGUUCAAGCCCUAUUUUAUCAACAAACAACCAAUCUGUUAAGCUAGAAGAAGAAGAUGGAGCAUUCAUUGACUUAGAAGCAUUCAGUUGGAGUUUUGCAGCCUCCUACAUCAUAAUAUUGUUGGGAAUUGUAUCAGUUCUAUGCAUAAACCCACAAUGGUGUCAGAAAUGGUUUUAUUUUAUUGAAGAUUACUAUUAUUAUUUUUUCAAGUGUACCUAA